AUGAAUUUAUCGAAAACUUUACAAGUACAAGAUCAAAUAAUAGAACAAUUGAGAAAAGAUCAAAAUGCAUUAAAAGAAGCACUAAAUGCGGAGAGAGCAAUGUUAAAAGAAUGCAGGAUAACAAACGAUAGAGAUUUGAAAAUAUUACAAAGGGAAAAAUUACAAGUGAGCAGAAUAAACAAACAACAGGAAAUAAAAAUAGAAGAAUUAGAAAAAGAAGUUUCUUAUUUAAAAGAAUCUCUAAUUAUGGAAAAGCAAAAUUUAAAAAGUUUAGAAAAGGAACAUGCAUCCGUCGUUAAAGAAUUAAAAAUAAAAACUUCAAAAGAUUUCGAUAAGACAAACAAACAGGAAAUGAUAAUUGAUCAGUUGAAAUCCGAGAUAAAUGAUUUGAAAGAUGCAUUGGAAAGCGAAAGAAAUGCAACAAAUUUAUUAAUAAGAGAACAUAAUGCGGAAGUUAAAAUCCUACGGGAAGAAGUUAAAGCUAAAUCGGCAGAAGCUUAUCGGGAAUUAAAAGAAAGAGCGACCCGUGAAAGAGAAGAAUAUAAAGAAAUGCAAGAAGAAGCUGAAAAAACUUAUAACGUAUUAGAAAAAGAUUUUCGCGAAGCACUCGCGGCAAAAGAUGAAGAAAUAAAAAGGGUUAAAGCGGAAGCAAAAUGGAUACAAAAAGAACUCGAAGAACAAAUAAGAACAACAUUAAAAGAACCGGCACCCGUACAGCCGGCUGCUCCUUUGGGCACGAACGACUUUAUUGAAAUGUCAAAGUUCAGAAGAAUUAAAAACGAAGUAGCCAUUUUAAAAGAGCAAAACAGAAAAUUACUUAACGAGUUGCAGUUAUUAACAGAAGAAGGAAAAAUAACAGAAUUGAACGAUGUGGAAUCCACCGAUUUGAUAUCAUGUGACGGUAAAAACAAAGAUGGAGGAGACCAACUGUGUAAAAAAAGUCUUACAAUCGUACCUAAUGAAAAACAAUCAGAUUUAGAAAUUACGAGAAUGAGACCGACAAAAAGUUUUUUAUCCAUCAAAAGAAAUGAUACCUAUCAACCCUACACGAAAACUAAAACGGAAGAACGAUACGAAGAAUUAAAAAAAACAAUGCAAAUAUUACGUAAAGCUCUUCAGUGA